UUUAAUUGGCAUUUUCAUAAAAUCUCUGCUUUUCUCAAAUCCACUUCCAGACUGUUCUUUAGUAAAGCUUUCCUCUGUUUGGUUGCUCAGAAAAUAAACCAAACUUCAAACAGAGAGUCUCGAUCCUUCUGUGGUUAGGUUUCCAUUUAUGUGGUGCAUGUGAGCUUGCUUAUCACAUACAGAGUAUACUGACAUAGUACUUAUUAAGGGCCCUGCAAUAAUGUUUGCUUCCAACUUUGAAUGUUCAGUACUACUAGCUUUUGAUCCUUGUUUCCACAAAUACAGUGUGACAUGUUUAGAUGGCUUUGGUUCCAAUAUGCUACAGGAUACCAUACAAAGGGCAUAUUCAACCCAUACGUAAUGUAAUAAGCGGACCAAGUUCAUCUAAAGGACUAGAAAGCCGUCUAAGAUGCAGUUUAGCACAUAAUUCACCAGAACACAAUCGUGGGAUCGUUCGGUAUGCAUCAGAUGCUAGAAUGAAUGAGAAGCAGCUGAGUUCUUUAGAUUCCUACUUUGAAAAACUCCAAAAUAGCACAACUUUGCCUCCAGAAAAUUCAAGCAAGACAACUGAGUCACUCGGUAGAAAAAAUGGUCAUUUGGGAUUGGAGGAGGAGUUGGAGUAUCUUGACGCUUAUCUUGAAAAACUUGAUAAAGAUGCAAACCAGAUUGAAAAACCAGUUGAUCUUGCAACUGGAGACAAUAUAGUUCCAAAAUCAUCAUCUAUCAUUCAACAAUCCAAAAAAGGUGCUGAGAGGAAACUGGUCAAGAGCUAUACAAAUACAACUGAUGAUAAUGGUCAAGAUAGCGAAAUCUCUGAUCUCUACCUAGUAAGCAUAUUGGGUUCUAUAAACAUUGCAGUUUUUCUGUUUGAGAUAGCAAGUCCAGUUAGGAAUUCUGACUUGGAGCUUUUUUCUCUUCCAUUGUUAUAUGGAGCAAAGAUAAAUGAUUUGAUCCUGGUCGGAGAAUGGUGGAGGCUAGUCACACCGAUGUUUCUGCAUGCUGGACUUAUUCAUAUAGCUAUUGGUUCUUGGGGACUUGUUACAUUUGGACCUAAGGUGUGCAGAGGCUAUGGUUCAUUCACAUUUUUCUUGAUCUAUAUACUUGGAGGAAUUUCUGGCAAUUUGAUUAGCUUUCUCCACACACCAGAACCAACUGUUGGUGGAACAGGACCAAUAUUUGCGAUGAUCGGAGCUUGGCUCAUUUAUGAGACCGAAAACAAAGAUAUAAUUGCAAAGGAGGUCUCAGAGACUAUGUUCCAAAAGGCAAUAAUAACUACAGCUCUUACCUUCACAUUGAGCAGUUUUGGUCCAAUUGAUGACUGGACACAUUUUGGAGCUGCAUUGACAGGAAUAGCAUAUGGAUUUUUGACAUGCCCAAGUCUUCAACUGGACGAAGCAUCAUCAUCUUCAACAAGUGGCCAAGAGGAAGGAAUCACACUUGUUAGGCGUUAUGCUGAUCCCUGCAAAUCAGUUUUUCUCUUCAUAGUGUUUGUUCUUGUUCUGAGUUCUCUACUUCUCUUUGUUGAACCUCCACUCAACGCCUUAGCAUCAGACUCUUCUGUGUAGACGUGAAGGACUUGUAUAUGAAUCUAGGUAGAAUGAUACAAAUAUGUUAGUCUAUAUACAGUUUAUACCAUCGUUGUUUGUCCCUCAUGUCUCAUAGUAUAAUGGAAAAUAAAAAUAAGAAAGGCAAUUGGUAAGGCCA